AUGGCCGCCGCAAAGCGCAUCGAGAAAUGGGAGAUUGAUCGAUACUGGGAAAUCUUCUCAUCGCUAGUGACACCACCCGCGGCACCUCAUUCCCGCCUGACGAACCAAGCCGCCGCAACCGUGCUGCGAAACUCACAACUGCGGGAUGACCAGCUAGAAAGAGUGUGGGACCUGGCAGAUGUGGACGGGGACGGCGAGCUAGACUUUGAGGAGUUCUGCGUGGCGAUGCGCCUGAUCUUCGACCUCGUCAAUGGCGAAUACCAGGACGUGCCGAAGUCGUUACCAGACUGGCUGAUUCCUGAGAGCAAGGCUCACCUGGUGGCGGCCAACCGGGCAUUGACGGGCCACCAGGGGUCACAGUUUGAGAGGAUAGAAGACGAUGAGGAUGAUGCUGGAUUGAAGGAUGGGUUCGAUUGGUACAUGAACCCUGGAGACAAGCAUAAAUACGAGGAGAUCUACUCGGCAAACAGGAAUCGGAGGGGCGAGAUCGGGUUCGAGAAUCUGCAUUCGCUGUACUCGAGCCUGGAUGUCCCGGACACGGAUGUGCGGAGUGCGUGGAAUCUGGUAAAUACGAGUGGGAAUGAUACGAUAUCCAAAGAAGCAUGUAUUGCGUUUCUGCACAUUCUCAAUUACCGGCACGAGGGCUAUCGGAUACCACGGACGGUGCCACCGAGCUUGAGAGCGACCUUUGAGGGAAACAAGAUCGACUACCAGAUCGACAGCAUGCGAAACCGCCCAAACAAAUACGACGAAGACACCACGUCGGGACGCAAAGCAAAAUUUGGAGACGCCUACCUCAGCCGCAUCGGAGGCCGCGGCGGUUCAGCCUACCAACCCAAAGGCACCGACUUCUCCGAAGUGGUCGAAGACGAAGACCUCGAAAAAGUCAGACUGCUCCGCGAACUACGAGACCUCGAGUCACAGCAUGACGCGGCGACCGCCAAUGCAGAAAGGAGGCGAAAGAACAGACAGGAGAACGGAGGAUCACGACAGACUGGCAAGACGAAUUGGACGCUGGUCAAGCGCGAGGCACAACAGAUGCUCGAGUACAAGCAGCGGCAGUACGUGGAUCUGAGUUCUGAAAAUGCCAGCCAGUCCGGCAACGAUAUUAAACGCUUGAGGGAUGAUCUGGCCUUGGUGGCCGAGCAGAUUGAUGGCCUGGAGGCGCAUUUGAGGAAACGCCAGGAUGAACAUGAAAACCUGAGGAGGGAGAUUGAGGUGGAGAAAUCGGGGAGAUAG